AUGGAGGAAAUGGAAACCAAACUCUGCAGCAGUGACAAAGAGGAAGAUUUCAAAAGAGAACUACCAUACUGCAUAGGAGAAAUAGACUUCACAGCUUCUGGGAAGAAACGUGGAAAGUUCAUUAAGGUCCCAAGUACCAUUCAUCCUGGAAUUAUAUUCGAAGCUAUGCUCAACAAAUGGAGGCUACCUGCUCCCAAUUUGGUUGUCUCUUUAGUAGGAGAAGAAGAAAAUUUCCAGAUGAAGUCUUGGCUACGGGGCACGUUAAAAAAAGGACUGACGAAGGCAGCUCAAAGCACAGGUGCCUGGAUUUUUACCAGUGCUUUGCGUGUAGGAAUAACAAGACACUUAGUGCAAGCAGUCCGAGAUCAUGCACUGGCUAGUACUUCAUCCAAAGUAAGAGUGAUUGCCAUAGGAAUAACUUCACUCAGAAAAAUUCAGCACAGAGAAAUUCUGGACAACACAAAGAAUGAAAGUCUUGUACACUACCAAUCAGACGAUAAUAUCCAAGGACCGCUGUAUUCCCUGGACCACAACCAUUCACACUUUAUUUUGGUGGAUCACGUAACACCAGAUGAGCCAGAUGGAACCACUAAGCUACGUCUCACCUUGGAAAAGCAUAUUUCAGAACAGCGUACUGGAUAUGGUGGAACAGGUAGCAUUGAGAUCCCUGUGGUUUGCUUACUGGUAAAUGGAGGACCAGGCACACUUGAGAGAAUUUGCAGCGGUUUGGAAAAUUCUGCUCCCUGGCUUAUUUUAGCAGGGUCUGGAGGUACAGCUGACAUCUUAGCUGUAUUCAUGAAGGACCCACAGCUUAUCAUGCCAGAAGCUGUUGAAAAGCAAUUUAAGGAGAAAUUCCCUGCAGAAAGCUUCUUGUGGAAGGACAUUCUCCAGUGGACAGCAACAAUUCAGAACAUUAUUUCACACCAACAUCUUCUAACACUGCAUAACUUUGAGCAAGAUGCUUCAGAAGAACUAGACACAGUCAUUUUAAAAGCAUUAGUAAAAGCGUGUAAAAGUCACAGUCAGGAGGCUCAGGAAUAUCUGGAUGAACUGAAGCUGGCAGUGGCCUGGAAUAGAGUGGACAUAGCUAAAAGUGAAAUAUUCAAUGGUGACGUGGAGUGGAAGUCCUGUGACCUGGAGGAAGUGAUGAUGGAUGCUCUGGUCAAUGACAAACCAGAAUUUGUAAAAUUAUUCGUUGACAAUGGGGUUAACAUAUCUGAAUUCCUGACAUACAGUCGUCUGCAGAGACUAUACUGUGCCAUUUCUCAGAAAUGUCUCCUCUAUGAACUUCUGCUGAAGAAACAUGAAGAAAGCAAGCUGACCUUGGCAGGGCUCACUGGUCAGCAGCAUAAGGAGCAGAAGGAGAUCUGCCCACUCUUCACUCUCAGUGAGGUCUCUAGAGUUCUCAAGGAUUUUCUCCACGAUGCAGGCAAAGGUUUCUACCACGACCUCAGACAUGGAGGCAAGAAGAAAUCUGAUAAACUGAAUACAAAGCAAUUACCUGAGUGCUUGGACAUGAACCAGAAAAGCGAAAAUCCUUGGAGGGAUCUGUUUGUAUGGGCAGUACUUCAAAACCGGCACAAGAUGGCAAACUAUUUCUGGGCUAUGGGUCAGGAGGGUGUAGCUUCAGCUCUGGCGGCCUGCAAGAUUCUUAAAGAGAUGUCCCGCCUGGAGACAGAGACUGAAGUAGCACGUACAAUGAAAGAGGCCAAGUACGAGCAGCUCGCUGUUG